GCCCUUUAGGUGCCUAUAUAAACAAUGCCACACAGAACCAUUUAGACCCAAAUCAGAGAACCUUAACCAUCUCUCUCUCUCUUUCUCUCUAUCUAUCACUGGUUCUGUUCGAAACAGAGGAAAAAAAAUAAGAGAAGAUGGGUAUAAUGAUGGUGAUUUUGGGUCUUCUUCUGAUCAUUGUAUGCAUCUGCUCUGCUCUUCUCCAAUGGAACCAGAUGCGAUAUUCCAAGAAAGGUCUCCCUCCUGGAACCAUGGGUUGGCCAGUUUUUGGUGAAACCACCGAGUUUCUCAAACAAGGACCAGAUUUCAUGAAGAACCAGAGACUCAGAUAUGGGAGUUUCUUCAAAUCUCACAUUCUUGGCUGCCCAACAAUAGUCUCAAUGGACGCAGAACUCAACAGAUACAUUUUGAUGAACGAAUCAAAAGGGCUAGUCGCUGGUUACCCACAAUCGAUGCUUGAUAUCCUUGGGACAUGCAACAUCGCGGCGGUUCAUGGUCCGGGCCACCGGCUCAUGAGAGGCUCAUUGCUCUCUCUAAUAAGCCCAGCUAUGAUGAAUGAUCAUCUCUUGCCUAAGAUUGAUGACUUCAUGAGAAGCUAUCUUUGUGGUUGGGAUGAGCUUGAGACCGUUGAUAUUCAAGAAAAGACCAAACAUAUGGCAUUUUUAUCAUCGUUGUUACAGAUAGCAGAAACUUUGACAAAACCAGAGGUUGAAGAAUAUAGAACAGAGUUCUUCAAGCUUGUUGUAGGAACUCUUUCUGUCCCAAUCGAUCUCCCGGGGACAAAUUACCGAUGCGGAAUCCAAGCAAGAAACAAUAUAGAUAGGUUAUUGACAAAGCUGAUGCAAGAACGAAGAGAGUCGGGAGAAACUUUCACAGACAUGUUGGGUUACUUGAUGAAGGAAGAAGAUAACCGAUACUUGCUAUCUGAUAAAGAGAUAAGAGAUCAAGUGGUAACGAUCUUGUAUUCGGGUUAUGAGACGGUCUCUACAACUUCCAUGAUGGCUCUUAAGUAUCUCCAUGAUCAUCCUAAAGCUCUUGAAGAACUCAGGAAAGAACAUUUGGCCAUAAGAGAUAGAAAACGACCUGACGAACCGCUCAAUCUCGACGAUAUAAAAUCGAUGAAAUUCACACGAGCUGUGAUCUUUGAGACAUCAAGAUUGGCAACGGUAGUUAAUGGUGUCCUGAGAAAAACUACUCACGACUUGGAACUCAACGGGUAUUCAAUCCCAAAAGGUUGGAGAAUUUACGUAUACACAAGAGAGAUCAACUAUGAUAUAUCUCUGUAUGAAGAUCCUAUGAUCUUUAACCCAUGGAGAUGGAUGGAAAAGAAUUUGGAAUCAAAGAGCUUUUUCUUACUCUUUGGGGGUGGAGCAAGACAUUGCCCUGGAAAGGAACUAGGAAUUUCUGAAGUCUCCAGCUUCAUUCACUACUUUGUUACAAAAUACAAAUGGGAGGAGAAGGGAGGAGAGAAACUUAUGGUGUUUCCAAGAGUUUCUGCACCAAAAGGAUACCAUCUUAGGGUUUUGCCUUACUGACUUUGUUUUGUCCUAAUAUUAAAAUUAUGAAGAUAAAGUUAGGUUUUUGUUAGGGUUAAUUAACCUAUUUUACUCUCAAGGUCUUAGAGGAGAUGGAUUAUGUACAGAGGAAUAUAGAAGAAGCUAAUAGAAAAUAAUAUAUUUUAAAAUGUUGAGCUCAGUCUCUUAUCUUGUAAAGUUGCAACCCAUGACUAAUUUUGUUCCAAUAACAAUACUUGUUAUACGUU